UCAAAUUACAAGUACAAUAAAAAACCAUGGCAUUUUUUCUUUCGUCUUUGACAAACAAGUUACCCAUGAUCAUCUCAAUGAUACUAUUACUACUCAUGUCCUUGUUUGAUUGUGAAUUAGCAGUUGCAACAACCGGCUCUGGCUGCGAUAGGAGAUGCGGAGACAUCGAUAUUCCUUACCCGUUUGGCACGUCGGAAGGAUGUUAUUUGGCUAACGACACCUACCGCGAAGAAAACUUCCUUUUGACAUGUACUAAUGAUAGCAUGUUGUCUUGGGAUAAAGUCAUAAGAAAUGAUUCAAUCCUGAUCAGCCAAAUAAAUGUUUCUGCUGGGCAUGUCAAAACGUUAUUUCCAAACAUUGCGGAAAACUGCUACAAUGAGUCGGGGCAAACAUUAGAGACGACAGCGGGUUCAUUUGUCGUGUCAACCACCGAAAACAAGUUCACAGUUUUGGGAUGCGAUACUUACGGUCAAAUGUCGCACAUACAGAACAAUAUGACAUUUUACUCGGCUUGCACGUCCUACUGUGCGAGCGAGACUAACGUCAAAGAUGGAAAGUGCGAUGGUUUAGGUUGUUGUCAAGUCCCCAUCUCCCAAAAUACACAGAGGGUGGACAAUUCAGUCUUAAGUUAUUACAAUCAUACCAAGGUGUUCAACUUUAAUCCUUGCGGUUAUGCUUUUAUUGCGGAUACAAGUGUCUAUAAAUUCUCUACCAAGCAUCUCAAGAAAAUGCCGACCAUGGAAGAGCGACCGAUCGUACUCGAAUGGGCUAUAAGUAAUAAGACUUGUCGCGAGGCGGAAAAAGAUACUCAAACAUUUGCUUGCAUAGGUCAAAACACUGUAUGUUUGGACGUUGAAAAUGGGGUAGGUUAUAGAUGCAUUUGUAGUGACGGAUACAAUGGGAACCCCUAUCUUGAUGGUUGUAAAGAUACAAACGAAUGCAAUGACCCAAAGCUUAAUGAAUGUGUGAAAAUCUGUAAGGAUAGAAAUGGGGGUUAUGAGUGUUCAUGUCCUUGGGGGUAUCAUGGCAAUGGAAGAAAAAGUGGGACUGGCUGUUCAAGGGCUUUUCCACUUGUGGCUAUAAUUGUUCUCAGUACUGCUAUUGGCAUAACAUCUUUAUUCAUGGUAUUGAUUUGGGUGUAUCAUUUGGUAAACAAAAGAAAUCUAAAGAAACUUAGAGAAAAGUUCUUUCAAAAAAAUGGGGGUUUCAUGUUGCGAAAUCAACUUUCAUCAAGUCAAGGGUCUUCUUCAAGUGAAACUGUACAGAUAUUUACUGCGGUAGAGUUGGAGGAAGCAACCGAUCGAUACAGCAAAGCUAACAUUCUUGGAGAAGGCGGUUUCGGCACUGUUUAUAAAGGUGUUCUUCCAAAUAAAAAAGUCGUCGCGGUCAAAGUGUCGAAAAACAUGCAAAGAGGUCAGGUUGAACAAUUCAUGUCGGGCGAAAAGAAGGGUCAAGUCGAAGAAUUUAUAAACGAGGUGAUUAUUUUAUCACAAGUGAAUCACCGACACAUAGUAAAACUAUUGGGAUGUUGUUUGGAGACUGAAGUGCCCUUAUUAGUUUACGAGUACAUCUCAAACGGAACUCUACAUGAUCACAUACAUUCUAAAAACGAUAAAACUAGUUCUCACCUCAUGUCUUGGGAAAAUCGUUUUAGAAUAGCCUCGGAAACCGCGAAUGCUAUAUCGUAUCUACACUCGUCCGCUUCCAUUCCCAUUAUUCAUAGAGAUAUAAAGUCUACAAACAUCCUCUUAGAUGAAAAAUAUGUUGCAAAAGUAUCUGAUUUUGGUGCAUCGAGGUUGGUAUCCAUUGAUACAAUGGAAUUAUCGACAAUGGUUCAAGGCACUCUCGGAUACCUAGACCCUGAAUACUUGCAAACAAGUCAAUUGACAGACAAGAGUGAUGUGUAUAGUUUUGGAGUAAUUCUAGCAGAAUUACUUACCGGUAGGAGUGUUCUUCGUUUUGAUUGUGAAGAUCAGAAGGACAAGAAUUUAGCUACAUAUUUUCUCUCGGCGUUAAAAAAUAACCGAUUAGCUGAAAUUCUAGAAGAUAACAUACUCAAGGAAGAAAGUUUUGACCGGAUCAAGGAAGUAGCCAAUGUUACAAAGAUGUGCUUGAGGGUGAGGGGAGAGGAUCGUCCUUCAAUGAAAGAAGUGGCAAUGGAGCUCGAAGGCUUGAGAUUAUCGGGAAAACACCCUUGGAUGAAAGACGACAAUGAAGAGACUGAAUGUUUGAUUGAUGUCACAUUGGAAACUUCGAAUAGUUACGAAUUUGGUGACAAAAGGACCAUAGAGAUGGGUUACCAUUCUACACAAAAACAAAUAGGGUAUCCAACGAGUAUGGGGAGAUAAUAUAGGCUUUAAGUGGAUCAUUUAUUUAUAUAUGUAAAUUUAGAAGGUAAUUUUGUUUUUCAUUAUUAUUAUUCAAUAUGUGAUGUAUGUUUACUCGAUUUAAUAGCAACAUGUUCUUUGUAUAAUUGU